AUGCUGCGAGAGCCGCAGGGCAAUCUCAGGAGGCUGGCGGAGUUCCUGGGGUGCGCGUUCUCGGAGGCGGAGGAGAAGGCCGGCGUCGUGGACGCCAUCUUGGAGCUCUGCGGCAUGGAGAAGCUAAUGGAGCCUGGGGUGAACCAGAGUGGUGAAAAGACGGGGGAGCAUUCCUCCGUCAGGAAGGGGGUCGCCGACGACCGGAGCAACCACAUGACGCCGGAGAUGGCGGCAAGGCUCGAUAAGAUCGUCCAAGAGGCGCUGCACGGAACCGGAUUUAGCUUUGGCAUCCCCACGCCACAGUAA